CACGCUCUACGAUUAGAAGAUGUCGUUGAUCCCGGGUGUUGUUGGUGGCCGAAGGAGCAGCAUUUUCGAUCCAUUCUCUCUGGACGUUUGGGACCCCUUCAAGGAUUUCCCUUUCCCCUCUUCUCUCUCAACUUCUUCUCAGGAUAAUUCUGCGUUUGUGAGCACUCGGGUGGACUGGAAGGAGACCCCAGAAGCGCAUGUGUUCAAGGCGGAUCUCCCAGGGCUGAAGAAGGAUGACGUUAAGGUUGAGAUCGAAGAUGACAGGGUGCUUCAGAUCAGCGGAGAGAGGAACGUGGAGAAAGAAGACAAGAACGACACAUGGCAUCGCGUUGAGCGAAGCAGCGGCAAAUUCAUGAGGAGAUUCAGACUGCCGGAGAAUGCCAAAAUGGAUCAAGUGAAGGCUUCCAUGGAGAAUGGGGUUCUUACUGUCACUGUUCCGAAGGAAGAGGUGAAGAAGCCUGAAGUUAAGGCCAUCGAGAUCUCUGGUUAAGAAUAAACGACAUUCUCUGACUAUUUUCUGUUCAUGUCUG